ACUGGAUACUGCAAAAACUCAUUUGAAUCAAUCAGCAGCAGCGCGAAUUGCUACUGUCACCCUGCUCCAGUGCCCUCUCUCUCUCCCUGCAACUCGUCUCCUUCCGCUUCAAUCAAUGGCGGUUCCUCUCUUCAACCUCGCUCAAAAUUUAACAGUUUCAAGGCUCUGUUUAGGAACCAUGACGUUUGGCGAGCAGAACACGAUGCAUCAAUCCUUUCGCCUCCUCGAUGAAGCUUUUCAUGCCGGAAUCAACUUCUUCGAUUCCGCUGAAAUGUAUCCGGUGCCCCAACGGGCCGAUUCUCAGGGGAGGAGUGAGGAGUACUUGGGCCUUUGGAUUAAAGAAAGGAAGGUCCCUCGCGAUCGAGUUGUCGUUGCAACCAAGGUUGCUGGGCCUUCUGGGCAGAUGACUUGGAUUCGAGAUGGACCAAAGUGCUUGGAUGCUAAGAAUAUUACUGAAGCCAUUGAUAGUAGCUUAUGCCGAAUGAAACUGGACUACAUUGAUCUCUAUCAAAUUCAUUGGCCUGAUCGGUAUGUUCCAAUGUUUGGUGAAACCGAGUAUGACUCUACUCGUCAAUUCAGUUCAAUAAGGAUAGAGGAACAACUUGAUGCCCUUGGCAGAGCUGUUGCUGCUGGCAAGAUUAGAUACAUUGGACUCAGUAAUGAAACACCAUACGGCGUCAUGAAGUUUCUUGAGGUUGCUAAGAGUAAUAUUCCCUAUCCAGAGAUAAUAUCAGUGCAGAACUCAUACAACUUGCUUUGCCGAAGUUUUGAUUCUGGACUAGCUGAAUGCUGUCACCAUGAGGGAAUAAGCUUACUAGCAUACAGUCCCCUUGCAAUGGGUAUACUUUCUGGGAAGUACUUUGCAUCUGAUGGAGCACCCCCAGAUGCUCGCUUCAAUAUGUUCAAAGGAAGGUAUUCAGAAGGGGAAUCAAGAUACAACCUCCAUAGUCAAGACAUAACAACAGCUGCUAGGGAAUACAUAAACAUUGCAGAUAAAUUUGGGCUACACCCGGUAACUCUUGCAAUCGCAUUUGUUUUAAGACGCCCUCUUGUUGCAAGUGCUGUGUUUGGAGCUACCAAGUCGUGGCAGUUGCAGGAGGUACUGAAGGCAUGUUCCGUUCACCUUCCAUCAGAAGUAAUUGCUGAAAUCGACAAGGUCCAUUCCAGGUUCCCAAACCCUUGCCCUUGAUAAGUGAUUAAGCCAAAUUGACACGAAAUGGAGAUGGGCUUCUGCCACGUAGCCACGAAAGAGGUGUAGUCGGUAGUCUUUGAUUGUUGCUAGUGUCAUACGGUUGAUAAACAAACAAACUUACCUCUCAAAACCAUGGUCCAUAAAAUCGUACCGGAGAUCGUACCGGAAAAGUCAGCGGUAGGAUAUUUUAUGACAAAACCGUGGUUUAAUCGUAAUUCAACCAUUAGUACCGUUAAAUACCGCCUACCUGUUUAGCCUCCGAUACUGGUAUUUUGUGGUUGAACCGCUAGUACGGUACAGUUUCAUGGACCAUGCUCAAAACGAUG